AUGGAACAAUAUGAUAAAUUACAGAAAAAAAUUGAAAUAUUAGAAAAUGAAGCAAUACGUCAUAAUAAACAACAACAAAAACAACCUCAACAACAAUAUCAACAAUAUCAAGGAUUAAAUCAAGAAUUUAAUGAUAGUAACGAUUCAAUAAAUAUGAUUAAAACAACAUUAUUAAGAGGAAAUAAUACAUCAACACCACCUCCACCCCCAAGUGUAACUAAUUCACCAGUAUCAGGUCAUAGAUUAUCAUUAUCAGUAAUGCCAUCCGAUAAAGAAAAGAAAAGAACAUUGAAAAAAUUAAUACAAUUAUCUGAAGUGAACGCAACACAAACAGAUGGUUAUAGUGGUAGUGGAUUUUGGACAAAAUUUACUCAAUUUUUUAAAUAUCGUCCAACAGUGGAAUCAUUAAAAGAACAAAAUAUUUAUCAAAAUGAACCCUGUUUUGAUACUGAACUAGAAAAUGUUGUUAAACAUGAAGAUUAUCCAACAAUACCAAAAAUUGUUAUAGAAUGUGUUAAAUUAAUUGAAUUGAAGGCAAAAAAGAAACCAACUGAAGGUUUAUAUAGAAUGUCAGGAAAUCAUGUUGAAAUACAAAAGAUACGCUUCCUUAUUGAUGGAAAUGAUUAUGAAUGUUUAAAAAAUAUUAGAGAUAUUCAUACAAUAGUUGGUGUAUUGAAAUUGUUUUUGAGAGAAAUUAAAGAUCCAUUAGUGAAUGCAUCCGAAAUAAAAUUAUUUAUUGGUGCAGCAAGAGAUUGGACUUUGGCUCCAAUUAAAAUGAAAAUUACUGUGCUUCAAAAAUUAGUCAAAUCAUUGCCAGAACAAAAUAGAGAUACAUUAUCAUACCUAUUAAGACAUUUGCAUAAAUUAACACGUAUGCCUCUGCAAUUUGUAAAUUCUCGGAGUUUAGCUGUUUCAUUAACACCAACAAUAUUUCAUUUUACUGUUACUAAUAAUGCUGAUAUUCAUACAACAAUGAAAGAAAAUGAAAUUUUAACAAGCUGUUUAGAAGUUAUGAUUGAAUAUGAUGAAAAAAUUUUUGAUUUUACCUCACAGAACGAGUUUCGGCAGAGUGUUAUCUAGGCAAAUCAGCAAAAAAUGGCCAUCAUGUCCGUGUAUAAACCCCGGUCGGGUAUAUUUAAAGGCUAUUCAAUAAAAUAAAAUUAUUGAAGAAAAAAUAAUAAUACAGCAAAAGAAAUUUAAUAAUAUAAAAUGAAGCAUAUGAAAUUGUAUGUAUAUUUUUGUAUUUGUAUUAUAUACGAAAAGAGUUGAAAAAUGUUAUAGUACCAAUAAUACAUUUAAUAUUAUUAUGUUAAUAUUAUUAUAUAAAAUUAAUAAAAUAAUAACUUUUAUUAUGAA